UUUCAUUGACGAUGUAUAUCCGCGCGUUGCCGUGAUCCCAAGAACUGAUUUUUAAUCCACCAAUGUAAGAAGGGAACCGGAGAAAGCAAUCUCUUUUGAGAAACCUUUACCGGAUCUUCUCCAUCCCCUUCUCGUUCGAGAAAACUGUGGAUUUCAUGGGAUUCCUGCAGAGGAUCGCCACAAUUUUCGGAUUCCUUAAGUACGAUGCUCACUCCGCAGCCGCCGAAGAAGAGAAGAGCAGGGCUGGCAGGAGCGGUUCGCGGCGGCCGACUCGAGCAUUUGGUGGGCAGGUUCCAUUCGGCCCCAUCUUCGUUCCUUGCAGCUUUGGCGAGGGUGGAGUUCAGGAUGGAUCCUCAACAGGAACGCCGUAAGAGAAUGGCAUGGGCUGCAGCUAUUGUAAUAUUGUUGUUGGAGUAUUAUCGAUCCAUCAAUACUCGUAUUCCCCGUAUAACGUCCAGUUUUGUUGGGGACAAAUGGGUAUGUGAAAUGCUUUCUCGACGUCCAAUAAGGUUCAACAACAUAUUUCGAAUGACUGUACCUAUUUUUAUGGAUCUUCUGCACGAGUUAUCUCUGAAUCACGGCCUCCAAGGUUCUUCUAGGAUGACGAAAAGGGAGAUAUUGGCUAUAACUUUAUACAUUCUGUCACAGAAUGAAUCAAUUAGAGGUGCUAUGGAGAGAUUUCAGCAUUCAUCAGAAACAAUAAGCCGUUAUUUCUUCAAAGGCAUACGGUCACUUGUUAGCUUAGCAACUAAAAUAAUCAAGCCAGAGGAUUCAUCAUUUGCUAGUACUCCAGAACAAAUCGCGAACGAUUCCCGUUACAUGCCUUAUUUCAAGAACUGCAUAGGUGUAAUUGACGGAACUCACGUUGAUGCCCGAAUACCCAGCCACGAGAAGGUGGCAUACAUUGGUCGAAGUGGUUCAACCACUCAAAAUGUUAUGGCGGUAUGUGACUUCAACAUGUGUUUCACUUUUGUCAUGGCGGGCUGGGAAGGGAGUGCACAUGACGGUAGGAUUUUCUCCUACGCAACUAGGAAUAGAUCGCAGGGUUUUCCUAAUCCGCCUUCAGGGAAAUACUAUUUGAUUGAUGAUGAAUAUCCUAUGCAGAGGGGCUACCUGAAGCCAUAUCCAGACACUAGAUACGAUAUUUCUGAUUUUGAGCGAGCAAGUGACAUCAUCUGUGACAGGAAAGAAAUGUUUAACAAACGCCACUCCUCUUUACGCGGAGUAAUUGAAAGAACAUUUGGGGUUUGGAAGAAGAAAUGGGCCAUCCUUCAUGAUAUGCCGUCGUAUCCAUUUCCAAAGCAGGUGCAUAUUGUGGUGGCAACAAUGACACUUCAUAAUUUCAUCCGACGACAUCCUUCACGUUCAGAUACGGACUUUAGUAUGGCUGAUAACGAUGAACUGAAUGUCUAUGACGAACCAUCAGAGCUUUUGGUUGGGCCUUCAGUUAAUGAGGAUGAGAUUGACUGUAAUGAAUUUGAAGUUCAUGACGCUGAGGGUGUGGCUGAGAUGACUGCUCUGAGGGAGUUUAUUGCAGAUGCUAUCUAUGACAACUGAUCCACCAUGUCUUAUUUAUUUCGUACACUAUAGGUUCAUUUUCAUCAACAUUUAUUUUUGCUUUUUUUUCCAGGAUCUGACAUUUUAUUUUUUUGUUUUUUAUUUGU